AACCACGAUCUCUUCAGUUUAGAUUAGAAUUUGACUCCGCGCAACACGAUCGUUUUUAUUGCGUUUUCGCGGCGUUUUGUUGAACGAUUCGAGGACGUUCCACAUGUGAUUUCUUCCAGAGAGUUCAGAUGAAGCUGGUCCCUGAGGAAAAGCUUUAACGGAUAUGCAUCUGCCAAAUGAAGACUCGUUUAGCGCCGACUUGGGAUCUAUUUUUACCUCCACUGCAAAAUCAAAUUUGAAAAGUCAGGAUUUUAAUUAUACUCUUUGUCCAAGUUGUUUGCAAGAUGGAAAAGAGUCUGUUCUCGCUGAUUUUCAAAUCAACUUUGAAGAAGCAAUACGUCUAUGCCCUGUUGCAACAUGCCCUUAUCCACUAAAAGAAGACAAUGUUGUUGAGUCUUUUGUUUUCAAGCGAGAUGCUUCUGUUCUUCCUGUAGCAAGUGAACAGAAUCUUCCUGCAUCGAGUAGAAAGUCUCGAAAAUCUAGUGGUUAUUCUACAUUUUUCGAAGAAUUUGACUUGGAUACACUACUUGAUUUUUCUACACCAACAUUUCAAAAUCAAUCUAUGCAAAUAGUUAAUGAUGUUAAAAAAGAUAUUAUUAUCAAUAAAAUUGAGUCUGACAUCAAAAAUGAUGCCAUCGAAAUGGAUAUUAAUCCACAUGAGAACUUUCCAAUCAAUGCUCCAGACAUGCAAGCUGAUGUCGAAAAUACUUGCGACAAUAAUACAAAAUUAACAUCCAAUAAUAAUGUUAUUUCUGUUCCUGGUUCAACUGAAAUAGGGGAAAGUGACAUCCAAUUUGACAAUGAAUUUGAUCCUGUCAUGGAUAUUGAUACUGUCACAGGGACCAGUGAUGAUGAUUCAGUUGAGGUAAUGAUUUAUUCUAGUCAAACAAAUACUGAAUAUACUGUGAAACCUGAAGAUGAAGAAGAGCAAUUGGAUAUUGUUGAAAAACUUUCUCGUCCACCUGUCCAUGGUGAACUGUUACAAUGGAUUAAUGAACAAAACUCUUGUUGGCUUGAUGCUAUUUUGCAAAUAUUAGUGAGCAGUGUAAACACCAGAGCAUCUUUGAACUUAUCAAAGUCUGCUGAUAAGUCUGUACUCAAAAGGAUAAUUAUGACUUAUGAUGUAUGCCAGCAAGCUUAUCAAAUACAUCAAACGAACAAUGGGAAUAAUGAUGACGCUGUAGUCAUAUCAUUAUGUCAAAAAUUGGGUCGUGUAAGGCAGGAUUUAUUAGAACUAUUAAAACGAAAUACUUCAUUCGAAAUUGGUGAGUUUCAGAGUUUGUUUGAAAUGCUACCAUUGGUGCUAAAAACCAGUGAGGCAACAGCAGACUUAUUUAAAGUCAAUAUGAUAUGGGAAUUUCAAUGUGAAAAUUGUGGACAUAGGCGGGCAAGAAGGUCACAUAAUCAUAUAUUAUCAUUUCCUAAAGUUUGCUCCGAUUUCCAUCCACUGAAUGCAAGGUUUCAACGCAAUUGUUUCGAAUGCAACUCUCCUUCAGGAGAAACAUCCAUAUUAAUGGAACAUUUGCCUGCGUGCCUAGCAUUUCAUUUUCAAAAAGGACUGCCCCACUCAAAUUUACGUGUGCUAGACUUUGCUAUACAAGGUUAUUUAUACUGUGUUUUUGCUAUUGUGCGCUAUGUUUUGUCACCAUUUAAGCAUUUUAUUACUUGGAUUAGAGAUAUUAAAGCUAACAAAUGGCUUUGCUUCGAUGAUUUAAAAAGUCCUUCAUGUAAAUGGCAAAGCAGACAACCAAAAAUACCUGCUGGUGAGAUCCAUAUGGUUUUUUGGGAAAGACAAUCUGUGACGGAUCCAUUAAAUACAGAUAAAAGCCAACUGUCUACAGUGGUAAAUGAGGAAACUGUUGCUAUCGCAGAUGAAAUGCCAAUAGAAAUUUUUUUUGCACAUGAAGAUGAUGAAACUAUAGUUGUUCCAGAGUAUGAUAAUUCGAAUUCACCGAUAACAACCACAAAUCAUUGUCACAAUACGGUAAUUGAAAAAUGUAAUAACACUGUUCAAUCAACAUCAGCAGAGCCGAUGUCACGUUCCGCACAACAGCAUCAUAUGGGAAAUAUGUUUGGUGGCAAACCGCAAAUGAUCUACCCUCAUCCAGUAAAUGAAACACCAUUGCAAUUCCAUCCACAAAUAUUGCCUAAUGGUGGUAUAUCUGUAGUGCCUGAUAAAUCACAACAGAUGAUUCAAGUCAUAGCACCAGCUAACACUUGCAGCAUUUAUAUUGUGACAGAUGGCUGCAAAAAUCAUCAAAUGCUUCACCAAGGUACACCCAGACCAGUUGUAAGCAAUGCUAUUGCAAAAAGACACAGUGUCAAGUCAUUUGUGGAUAAUUCUCAUUCGUAUGGUAUGGUAUCAAGAACAUAUUCCUCCACAAAGAAGUUUUCAUCUUAUCCUCAGAAACGUCAAUAUCGUCUAUCGGGGUAUUCCUCAUUUAAAGAAAAACACAGAUUUUCACCAAUGAAGCCAACAUUAUCAAAAACAACGCAGCUGACUAAAGAAUAUCUAACUGCAAGUCAUCCUCAAUGUCCAGAAAAGGAACCAAAUGAUGAAAAAUUAUCAGAAGUGUCUGAUCUGUCAGAUUUGCUUCCGGAUUUUGAUCUGGACAGUAACCAUAGCAUCAAUAGCUAUUCUUCUGCCCCAGCUGCUUUGAGAUGCUCCACUGUAACACCUCCUUUGUCAUUAGCCGACAGUAACUCAACCCCCACCAAUAGUCCGUCAGGAAUGAAUGGAUGACCAUUUUGAUCUAGAUUGAAAUCCACUGCUAAUAUUUCAUUCGUAUUUUUUCUAGUGGGUAUGGCAUGACAAUAAUAUUGUUUAAACUGCUGCUGUAUUGCCCACAUUAUAUAAAUUAAAAUGCAUUAUGUGCUAUAAUAUUUGCAAUUUUUGGAACCUAGUUUUUGUAAUAUUUUCAUCUUGAACAUUGGUCUCUGUUUGUUCUGA